AUGACAAGUCUGCUGAAGAAACAAGGCAUCAUUCACAAGGUGGCGACAGCUUACCAUCCCCAGACCAAUGGGCAAGCCGAGGUGUCAAAUAGAGAGAUCAAGCACAUAUUAGAGAAGAUUGUGAAGCCUCACAGGAAGGACUGGAGUGCUCGACUGGCAAAUGAGCUUUGGGCUUAUCGGACUGCAUACAAGACACCCAUCGGAAUGAGUCCAUUUUGCCUUGUCUACAGAAAGGCAUGUCACCUUCCAGUAGAGGUGGAACAGAAGGCAUACUGGGCGGUGAAGGAAUGCAACUUAGGAUUGGGAGAAGCCAGCAUUGAAAGGAAGCUGCAAUUGCAGGAAUUGGAAUGCCUUCGCCUAGAAGCAUAUGAGAACUCACAGCUCUACAAGGAAAAGGUGAAGGCGGUGCCUGACAAGAAUAUCAAGAGAAGAGAAUUUAGAGCUGAGGAUUUGGUUCUCCUCUAUAACUCACGGCUGAGACUCAUGCCAGGAAAGUUGCGAUAA